AUGGUAGUAUGUCUGGGUUCAAUCAGAGUGUGCGGCCUUUUGGAUGGCAUGACUACGACUGGAAUCAUCAAUUCAAACAUCUGUUGUUCAAAUAGGAUGCAUACGCCCAAGAGACACAAUGGCCAUCAAGCCACUGUCACAAUCUAUCUGAUAUGGUGUAAUGGUAGCAUGUCUGACUGUCUCUCAGACGAUCUGGGUUCAAUUCCUGGUAUCAGAGAUCACAGCCUUUUGUUGUUCUGGCUGGAGCCAGCUAGCCUGUGCUGUGCUGUAGCGGCUUUGCUAUUGGCUUUCGGUUGUAGACGCGGGAGUAGCCAAACGUGCAUCAAGAAUCGGUGA